AUGUACGACACAAUUCGCGAUGCGCCUUUUGGACGGCUCACCCGUUUCUUUUUUCGCGAUAAGUUCUUUCUUUAUCCAGAAGAGCAGCCCGGCUUUGAGUGCCCACAUGCAUACCAGGCAAGCGAAUCCGUGGAAAACAGAUCUGAUUCUAGUUACCUCCACGGGCACAACAGGCUUGAAAACAGCACUGGCACGUCCAUAGGUGACACUACUGCAGCGGCGAUCGAUUCGGCAGGCUUUCAGGAAGCGGGCGAAGAGGAUCUGGCCCUCAGUAACCAGAAUACAAUACAGAGUCUAAGCCAGCAUAGUUCAUUCCCAUUCACACCGGAAAGACUAGCAGAAGAAGAGACAUUAGCCGUGGAGAAGAGCUUGUCUAUUCCAAUAUCGCCAGAGAGAACUUCAGAUGGGACUAUUUUGGUAAACUGGUACACAUCUGAUGACGCCGACAACCCUCAAAAUUGGUCUCAGAAAAAGAAAACUGCUGUUGCUCUUCAGAUUGACCAAAUAAUGGACCGCUUCGGUGUUGGUGAAUUCAAAGCAUCAUUGGGGCUGGCCCUUUAUGUUAUGGGAUAUGGUCUCGGUCCUUUGCUGUGGGCUCCAAUGAGCGAAAUUCCAGCUUUCGGCCGAAACAUACCCUAUGUGGUCACUUUUGCUAUCUAUCUGAUUCUCUGCGUGCCCACAGCGCUCGUAGACAAUCUUGCUGGGCUCUUGGUCUUACGUUUCCUGCAAGGGUUUUUUGGUAGCCCCUGUCUUGCAAAUGGCGGAGCGUCCAUGCAGGAUAUGUACUCACUUCUGUACUUGCCUUACCCAAUGGCCUGCUGGGUUUCAGCAAUGUUCGCUGCUCCUGCAUUAGGUCCUAUGCUAUCAGGAUUUGCCGUUGUUGCAGAAGACUGGCGGUGGUCUUUAUGGGAAAUCCUUUGGAUGUCAAGCCCGAUUUUCAUUCUUUGGUUUUUCUUCCUGCCCGAAACAUCAGCAGACAAUAUUCUUCUUCGUCGUGCUGCACGACUACGAAAGACUCUCGAUGAGCAGAACAUUAGAUCGCAGACCGAGAUCAAUCGCAAAGGCUUAAGCUUUGGCGAUGUCGCCUGGGAUGCUGUCAUCAAGCCAGUUGAAAUUAUGAUCAAAGACCCAGCCGUCAUGUUCACCAACGUAUACACCGCACUUAUAUAUGGUAUAUACUACUCCUUCUUCGAGGUGUUUCCGCUGGUAUAUGGCCCAAUAUAUGGCUUCAACCUAGGGGAAACCGGUGUUGUGUUCGUUUGUGUGGUAGUCGGAUGCAUCCUGGCGAUCAUAAUAUAUUUCUCGUACUUACAUUUUUUCCUAAUCCCGGACAUCAAGAAAAAUGGUCUCCGGUCCCCAGAAUGGCGCCUGAGGAUCUCCCUCAUUGCUAUAUUUGGCCCUCCAAUUGGACUAUUUCUAUUUGGUUGGACUGCCAAUGUCCACGUCCAUUGGAUUGCCAGCGUCAUUGGGAUCGGAAUCUACGCUUUGACUUGUUUCAUCAUCUUGCAGUGCAUUUUGGUUUAUGUCCCAAUGUCGUAUCCGCCAUACGCAGCCUCUCUCUUCGCUGGCAACGACUUCUGCCGUUCAGCAUUUGCGUUUGGUGCCAUUUUGUUUUCUCGGCCAAUGUUCUUAAAUCUCGGAAUCGGCCGGGGUGCGAGUCUAUUAGCAGGUCUGAGUGUUUUAGGCAUAGUUGGGGUUUGGCUCCUAUAUUUUUACGGCCAUGCUUUGAGGGCACGCUCUAAAUUCGCCGUUGCAUAG